AUGAAUGAAAGGCCUUCAUUGGCCCCGCCAUCAGACCUUCAUCGUAUGGUAUGUGACUACUACAAGCUGGAUGCACCAGAGGUAUUAGAAAUCCCAUUGUUAGGAAAGUCAUUUUCUGAAUUGAAUGGCAUCAAUUUUGAUGUGGAAAGCUAUUUUGCAUUUAAGCUUCUGCCUGAGCUAAAUCUGAAAUCUUUUAAAAAUCUGAUGCAAACCCUUAACAAAGGUAUGUUCUCAAGCUUACUUUCAGAAAUUGAGCUCCUUUCUCACGAAUAUUCCAAGGUGCUUCGCGAGGACUGGUCAUCAAUGCUUAUUCAAAAUGGCUCUUCCCCAAAUUGCUCUAACAUUGGAAUUGGAAGUUUAGACUCUGAUAUUGUAACCCUAGUUUAA